AUGCGCAGCGGCCACACCCCGGGCAACUGCUUCGACAGGCCGGCCAAACCAGCAAGCCGCGGCUGGCAGUUCAACUCAAUCUGCAGCCGAAACCAAAAGAAAUAUUUGAGAAAACUUACCAUUGGUGUAUGGAAUGUUCGUACACUCAUGGAUCGAGAAGCUGUUGCAAGACCUGAGAGAAGGACAGCCCUCAUUGCUCGAGAACUUGUCCGUUAUAACAUCGAUAUAGCGGCAUUAAGUGAAACAAGAUUGCCUGGGGAAGGUUUCUUGAGUGAACCAGGAGGUGGUUACACCUUCUUCUGGAAGGGUAAGACUGAGACAGAGGACAGAAUACACCGAGUUGGUCUGGCAAUAAAAACCUUAUUGAUGCAUCAACUCCCAGACCUUCCAGUGGGUAUCAAUGAAAGAUUGCUGAAGCUACGCUUCCCACUAAAUGCCAAACGUCAUGUCACCAUCAUCAGUGCAUAUGCACCCACUCUAACAUGCUCUGACAACUCAAAGGAACAAUUCUAUGAAGAUCUCAACAAACUGAUCAAGGUCACACCUGUAACAGAUAAACUACUCCUACUUGGAGAUUUCAAUGCCCGAGUCGGGGCUGACAGCGAGAACUGGAAAGGAGUAAUCGGGCCACAUGGUGUAGGCAAAAUGAACAGUAAUGGACUACUUCUUUUGAGUCUUUGUUCUAAAUGACCUGACCAUUGACCUGAAAAUGACCUGACCAUUACCAACACUCUGUUCCGACAAGCGGACAAAUACAAAAUGACGUGGAUGCACCCUAGGUCCAAACAGUGGCAUCUGAUAGAUUAUGCCAUUGUUAGAAGGCGAGACAUCCGAGACGUACUGAUUACCAGAGUAAUGCGAGGCGCAGAGUGCUGGACAGAUCACAGAUUAAAGAGUCUUGAUGACAAACUGACAUCCCAUGGACAACUGAUCGGUACUGUAACCGAAAAGUGGGACCAGUUCAAGCAGAGAGUGACUGACACAGCAAUAACAUCUCUUGGACCAAAGAAAAGAACACAUCAGGAUUGGUUUGAUGAGAACCAAGAAGAAAUAUGCUCAGCAUUGGAAGUAAAGAGAAAAGCCUUUAUCGAAUGGCAGAAUGACCCCUCCUCAGUCUCUAAACAGGAGCAUUUCAAGUACCUUCAGAGCAAAACACAGAAAGACCUCCAUCAGAUACAAGACAACUGGUGGGAGAGCAAAGCCAAAGAAAUUGAGCACUAUGCUGAGAUCCACAACUUUAAAAUGUUCUUUAGUGCUAUUAAGACUGUCUAUGGACCUUCUAAACCAAGGACCACCCCAUUGCUCUCAUUAGACAACACAAUGCUGAUUAAAGAUGAAGGCAUCAACGAAAGAUGCAUCUGCUUUGCUGCCUCUCUUUUCAAGAACAAAGGCAGCAAAGCAGAAUGUGGAAACUAUAGAGGCAUAUCCCUCCUCUCUGUUGGAGGGAAGAUCAUUGCCCGCAUCAUCUUGAACCGCCUAAUAGCCAGUAUUUCCGAGGCAAAUCUACCUGAAAGUCAAUGUGGUUUUCAACCUGGCCGGAGCACAGUCGACAUGGUGUUUGCUGUCAGACAAAUACAAGAGAAGUGCAUUGAACAGAACAUGCACGUGUAUGCUGUCUUCAUAGAUCUGACAAAGGCGUUUGAUACCGUCAACAGGGAAGCCCUUUGGACCAUUCUAACACGACUUUGCUGCCCAAGAAAAUGUGUCCAGAUUAUACGCCUUUUUCAUGACAGCAUGACAGGCAAAGUAUUGUCUGAUGGAGCCACAUCAGCCCCCUUUAAUAUCACCAACGGCGUGAAACAAGGAUGUGUUCUCGCUUCUGUCCUAUUUAACCUGUUCUUUGCAUGUGUCCUUAACCAUGCACUGAAAGAUCUGGACCGAGGUAUAUACUUGAAAUACCGGCACGAUGGUUCACUUUUUGACCUCCGUCGCCUGAAUGCAAAGACUAAGACAAUGCAGAAACUCCUUCUUGAGGCACUCUUUGCUGACGACUGUGCCCCCAUGGCUCACACUGAAAAUGAUCUUCAGCACAUUGUCAACAAGUUUGCUGAGGCCUCGCAACUUUUUGGACUAACUAUCAGCCUCGGAAAGACAGAAGUUCUCCAUCAACCUGCACCUGGAUCAAAUGCUUCUGUCCCGAGUAUCUCCAUCGACGGCACUCAGCUGAAAGUAGUGGAGAACUUUAAAUAUCUGGGUAGUGUCAUAUCCAGUGAUGGAUCACUGGAUAAUGAGAUCAAUGCACGAAUAUCCAAAGCAAGCCAGGCACUUGGCUGUCUGCGUGUCAAAGUUUUAAAUCACCACAACAUCUGGAUGUCAACAAAACUGCUUGUGUACAGAGCUGUUGUUCUUUCAUCUCUUUUGUACAGGUGCGAAACAUGGACACUAUAUAGGCGUCACAUCAAGCAGCUCAAAGCAUUUCACAUGCGCUGCCUCCGCAACAUCAUGAAGAUCCGCUGGCAAGACAAAGUGCCCAAUCUCGAGGUGAUCAGUGCAGGGAGCGUAUUAAGUGCUUGGCUGAAGGGCGAGUACUGGAAGACCAGGGACAAGAACUGCACCUCACGCAACUUGCCAAUGAAAUGCCCAUUAUAUGACGACUUUGACCAGGUUCUGGGAACUGCACCCAGGAUGGAGCCAACCGUGCUUCAUGACAACCUGAUCAGCAGUGAUGGUGCCCUGCUGGGCCCUGAAUGCACCAUGGGGACUGAUGGGAUCCAGCAGCAGGCUCCCAGUGAGGAGCAGAAAGUGACUCUUAAUGAAACCAGUCUCAGAGGAGGCUGUGGAUCAGGGUCAACAGCAAAUACUUGGUCCCUAUUUGGAAGAGCUAUUUGA